AUGCCACCUGUGAAUGCUACAGAUAAAGGAUUGCCCGGUAAGACUACCAGUUCCAGCCUUGAAGCCAUUCAUGCUCCAAGAGCUUCCUGGCCGGAGAUACUUGAGACAGUGUCUCACCUGCGUCGUCUACCCCCAGUACCGGACAAGAGGAUAAUCGGAUGGGUUAGCGAUAAGCUACUGCUGCUGUUGAGAAGAGGAUCGUGUAGAAUGGGCGAUGACGAUGAUGAUGGUGAUAAUAAUGAUAAUGAUAAUGAUAAUGAUAAUGAUGAUGAUGAUGAAUAA